GUUUUGUGCCAUUUUGUGGCUGUCAUUCGUGUCACCCAAAUAAAAACAAGUAUCACAUUUUUCCUUUUGAAAUAUUUUUUCCAAAAAAAUCUUCUACAAAUACCUUAGUACGUAGAGUUUGGUGAAUCAGCACUAACAGGACCUGUUGUAUCAGGGCGAUAUAAUAUUAAUGAACGUUAGCUUUUUCAGAAUUUUAUCGCGUACCCAACUAUCCAGUACCAUUUUAUCACUGAUUCAUAAAUAGAUCGUGCAUCAAAAAUGUCUGCUAAUGAAAGUCCCUCACAUUAUGUCGAAGAUGCAUUCGUAACCGACGCUGAUUUUAAAUUUGACAUCAAUCGCGAGAUGAAGGUACCGGACAAGAUAAGCUUCAACCAUGGUGCAGGUGACAUAAAUGGGGAGACUGGUGGGGCAUGGGUAAAAGACCAUUUUACCAUGAACGUGCCAGAGAGGAUAUUGGUAGCUGGACAGCAUCAGCAUGUGGGUACUCGAGCACCACCAAGAGAGAUGGUCUUUGACAAUUCCAUCCUCCCAAAAGACCCAUAUCCAAAUGACUUGCCAAGAGUUGCUACACCACCAAGGACUUUGACUCUGGACAAAUACCCCUUCCCAGGAGUGGAAGAAUUUGAGGAAGAUGAUGAACAAACCAUGGUUGAAGAGGAUCAAAUCCCUGUGAUCAAGAGAAAUGCUCGAGUACACUAUAAUGACAUGAGUAUGCAGAUGAAUGGUUCUUUCAAGGAUCAGUCUUUGCUGAAUAGAAGUAUGGGAGGUGAUAACUUGACUCCAGCAGAAGAAAUAGUUCAUCUUCGCAGACAAUUAGCAAAGCUGAACCGACGCGUUAUGGCGCUCGAAUUAGAAAAUGUAAAUAGACUCCAGAAGGAAAAAAUAUUUUUAGGAUUUGGUAUUGCAUAUUUCUUGUUUAAACUUGUUAUCUGGGUGAACAGGGAUUAGAAAUGAUUAUGGUUGAACCAAAGUGUGUUUUAGCACUUACCAUACCUAUUGGCCAAAAAUGAAAUAUAAGACAUAAAGCAUUUGGUUAUUUUCAGCUUCUACAAGUUAUUCCAUGUUUCUUUCGGUCAUAAAUUUCCAUUGAAUACUCCUUUUGGCAGAAAUCAUUCUGUAAAUCCAUGGUUCUAUGUCACUGACAUUAUUUAAUUUAAUACAUAAAUAGUAUAAAUACUUAAAAAUCAUACUAUCAGUUGAAUAAUAUAUGGCAACAGUCUCAACAGGGUGUAAUUUGGAUAAAAUAGCAUUUUGCAGUGUCAACAUGGCAGACAUUGAAAAUAAUAUUUGUCAUGAGACAGUUUGGGGCAUUAUGAGCUUGAUGGAGGUGAUUGAUUAUCUCAUGAACCAUGUCAGUUUACAUGAGAUCGGCAAGACAGUCGUAUCUCCAGUUGGCAUACUAAAAAAUUCAUGUAUUUCUGAAAACCUAUGACUCUAGACUGCAGGUCAGUCAAAUGCGAUCGUCGAUUUUUGUCACUGCAGUAUAAAAUUUACAAGAUACCCAUACAAGCAUUUUUAUUUGAGCAUGAAAAUAAUAAAUCAUAGUAAAUUUAGUUAUUUUUGGCCAAUACGUGUUGAGGUUGAAUUGGAUGAAGGUGUCCUUAGUAUCGGAUUUUUUGUAUAAGCUCAUUGUAAUUUAUGGCUGAAAAAAUUGACUUCUUCAACGCGUUUUUUCGCAAAAAUGAAAUAUAGGGAAAAAGUGAUAUUGAGUUUAUAUGAAAAGUCUGAAUGACAUAAUCGCGCAAGUUUUAGUAUAUUAAGAUUGUUGAGUGUUGAUUUUCUUUAGAGUUCUUUUAAUUUCGAGACUGGCUAAUGGAUUUAGACUUUAGAAUAAAAAUAUCCGCCCCCCCUUAUGAAGACGUAUUUUUUCGUCAGAUGGUUUUUCAUUAACAGUUUAUCUAAUAUACCAAUUCUAUAAGUCAUAAACAUGUGUAUGUUGUAUUUCUUCAUUAAAAUGAUAUUGUAUAUUUUAUAUCAGACCCACUGUUAUGCAAAUAAAAUAUUUGAUCCUG